AGUUACGUCAGAGGGAACGUUCAAGGAACAAAAUGGAGGAGUAUGCCAGAGAGCCUUGUCCCUGGAGGAUUGUGGAUGACUGUGGAGGCGCAUUCACAAUGGGUGCUAUUGGUGGAGGCAUUUUUCAGGCUGUUAAAGGCUUCAGAAAUUCACCCUCUGGAAUGGGCCAUAGAAUGAGAGGGAGUUUGACAGCAAUCAAAACUAGAGCGCCGCAGCUUGGAGGAAGCUUUGCAGUCUGGGGAGGCCUGUUCUCGAUGAUCGAUUGUGGUUUAGUAAAAGUACGGGGCAAAGAAGAUCCCUGGAACUCUAUCACAAGUGGAGCCAUGACUGGAGCUAUCCUUGCUGCAAGAAAUGGACCUGUGGCCAUGUUUGGCUCUGCAGCAAUGGGUGGCAUCCUCUUGGCGUUGAUAGAGGGCGCUGGUAUUCUACUAACUAGAUUUGCUUCUUCACAAUUCCCAACUGGCCCCCAGUUUGCCGAAGAGCCAGGCCCUGCUCCAAUGGGAUCUCCCUCUUUUGGAGACUACAGACAGUAUCAAUGAGAGAACACACUUGUUUUUUUAAUUCCUUGCUGAAGUUAGCACCAAUGAAUGGAGAUGGAGACCACAUCACUCGUCACACAAACUGUGUCAAAGAUGUAAAUGGACAGUAAACAUCUUCAUUUAACUGCCUUCUGCCAUUUCAGCCUAGUCAUCUGCAUUGUUUUCACUACAAUAUGAGAUGUGAGGGAAUUGCUUGUUUUGGCUUGUGGCAAGACACUUUUUUUUCCCCUGACAGACCUUGAAUGUGGUAGGUUCUAAAAUAACACAACACCUGCUGUGUAGUGACUGAUGGGAACAAUGCAGAUUAUAAACAAUGUUUAUAUCUUCUAUACAUAAAACCCCUCAUUUUCUCCUCAGUCUUUUAUUUUCCACAAGUGUAAAUUGCUUGGACUGGUCAUCCAGAUUUUUUUUUUAAUUUUCUUUUUUUGUUUGUUUGUUUCUCCAGUUUACCUCUAUCCAAGCUAUAAGUACCCUGGCUAUUGCAGAUUUUUUAAAUUGAUUUAUUUAUUCUAUAAUGUAUGAGCCAUGCUAUCACAUUUAAAGUGUGAUUUCCAGAAAAGAAGAAAAGUCAAAAAUUUGAAAAUGACAACCAACGGCAUUGGCAGAUGGACAGGAUUAACAGAAGCGAGGGGUUGUUAAUACUAAUUUAUAUCUGUAUGACAGAUUAUUGUACAUUCAACAAAACAAUAAAAUAUCCAACAACGUCA